CUUCGCUGUAAACAAAAAAAAAAUAAGCUUUCUUUGAAUCUCUUGCGAUCUCUUUGUUCAAUUUCUUCUCAGAUUGUGUGAAUCUGGUUUAAUCAAGGUUUUAGGGUCUGUGUUUUCAAAAGGGUACCAAAAAGUUUGAAGCUUUUCUAUUGAAAAUUUUGAUUUUUCGUUGACCAACUCCGAGAAUUUCGGAUACAAAUCAAGGUUUUAGGGUUUUUGUUGGGAUGGAAGAGGAUUAUAUACAGCCGAGGUUUACGAUUGGUAGGCAAUCGUCAAUGGCGCCGGAGAAGAUUCCGGAGCCGUCGAUUCACUCAGAAGAAGAGGUGUUUGAGGAUGGAGAAGAGAUCGAUGGUGGUGUGAGACUUAUGUAUUUGGCUAAUGAAGGUGACAUUGAAGGGAUUAAGGAGCUUCUUGAUUCAGGGAUUGAUGCUAAUUACAGAGACAUUGAUGAUCGGACUGCUCUACACGUGGCCGCUUGUCAAGGAUUGAAAGAUGUUGUUGAGCUUCUUCUUGAUCGGAAAGCUGAGGUCGAUCCUAAAGAUCGUUGGGGAAGCACUCCAUUUGCAGAUGCGAUAUUUUACAAGAACAUUGAUGUUAUCAAGAUUCUUGAGCUACAUGGUGCUAAACAUCCGAUGGCUCCAAUGCAUGUCAAGACUGCUCGUGAAGUCCCUGAAUAUGAAAUCGGUCCUAGUGAGCUUGAUUUCACUCAAAGCAAAGAGAUAUCAAAGGGAACUUACUGUAUGGCAAUGUGGCGUGGUAUUCAAGUUGCGGUGAAAAAGCUCGAUGAUGAAGUUUUGAGCGAUGAAGAUCAAGUGAGGAAAUUCCACGAUGAGCUUGCAUUGCUCCAAAGGCUUAGGCAUCCAAACAUUGUGCAGUUUCUUGGUGCUGUAACUCAAAGUAAUCCAAUGAUGAUUGUGACUGAAUAUUUGCCCAGGGGGGAUUUGCGUGAAUUGCUCAAACGAAAAGGACAAUUGAAACCAGCUACUGCUGUUAGAUAUGCCCUUGAUAUUGCAAGGGGAAUGAGCUAUCUUCAUGAGAUCAAAGGAGACCCUAUAAUCCACCGCGACCUUGAACCUUCAAACAUUUUGCGGGAUGAUUCAGGGCAUCUGAAAGUUGCAGACUUUGGAGUAAGCAAGCUUGUUACGGUUAAAGAAGACAAGCCUUUCACAUGUCAAGACAUUUCUUGUCGAUAUAUAGCUCCCGAGGUUUUCACUAGUGAAGAGUACGAUACAAAAGCUGAUGUUUUCUCAUUUGCAUUAAUCGUUCAAGAGAUGAUCGAAGGCCGAAUGCCGUUUUCUGAAAAGGAAGACAGUGAAGCUUCUGAAGCUUAUGCUGGCAAACACCGGCCAUUAUUUAAAGCUCCAUCAAAGCAUUACCCACAUGGUCUUAAAACGUUGAUAGAAGAAUGCUGGCAUGAGAAACCUGCAAAGCGACCAACUUUCAGAGAGAUCAUUAAACGACUUGAGUCCAUUCUUCACCACAUGGGUCACAAGCGACAAUGGAGGAUGAGGCCAUUGACAUGCUUUCAGAACUUCGAGCACAAGAAGAAACAUAACUGGGAUUUGAGCAGCCAUGACGGCUCAUCAUCCGGUUCACAUUUGUGAUUCUUUAAACGGUUAAGAAACCAUUCUUUUGUAUUUAUUCCUUCCGGUUUAGUUUGGUUUUCCCCAGAGCAACCGAAUUUGACUUUGUAAUUUGUAUUUUAAUAUUUUUUGUUGUACACUGCAGAACUCAAGAAAGUCUUCGUGUAUAC